GAGAACUCGAUCAGAAUACGUUCCUGGGUGGUUAGAGGGGGCCAAGGCGCGUCAAACAUGGCCGCACUAUAUAGUUGCAACCGCCGUCCGGUCGGCUCCCUGUGGUGUCUCCUCAACUGCCUCCCAGAGCUGUCGCAGCCCAGCCAUGCAAUCGCCAACUUGCACCCGUCUUCGCAUCCGUUCAGUGCACGACGCGGAGGUGGUCCUCCACGCGGUUUUCCUCGGUCGCUUGCCUAUGAUCGUUCGCCGGCUCGACGACGAGGACCGAAUGGCGUUGACGUCCGGGUGCAUCUACGUGUGGGAGGAACGAAGUAGCAACCCACUGGAAGCGACCGGUCAAGAAAUACAGCGGUUCACAGAAGGGCGCAGCUGGGGUCCCUCCCGUGCCCGUGACGACUUUCUGAUAUACUACGAGAAGGAGAGUCAGGGUAGACCGUCCCUUUUGCUAAGGAACAAUCUGAUAGGAUGCUCCCCAUUGGUAAAACAAACAUAUUCUGUUUUUGUCCAUAUUCCCGGGCAAAAUCCUCGUAAAUGGCAUCUAAACGCAUACUACACGCAGGAUACGCUCGAACAGCUGCGCACCAUCGACGAUAUCCCUCAGUUAAGCACCAUUGAGGUCCCACCGAAUCGCUAUAUCUGUGCCCGCAUGGGCGGUGCACGUAGAGCAAAUCGAGGGCUCACGCAGACACAACUGACGACUGCGAAAGAUCAUUCGCGCAUAGCUUCUUCUCGAGCGGCCAACUGUUCACCAGAUUCAGAGAGAUCUUCUUCUCAAACUCCUAGCCCAGACAGUCCUUCAUUCACAGUUCCGUCACCUCGCAUUCGUUAUCCCGUACAAUAUGUCGGAAGAACGGGCGACAUAGUGCAUUUUGAGGGUCGCCGUCUUGCCCCAUUAGAGUUUCUAGAGAACAUCUCCCCCAAAGCUCGUGAUCCGGUCGACGAUCAGGCACUCAAGUCUUUCAGCGGGAGGAUGUGAUGCGAUGGACUCAGCACAAGGCCAGCUUGGAGCUAAU